AGAAAGAAACUUUUUCUUACCAUUUGAUCGGCCGCUCGUUACUGAAUCGAAAACGUAUAUGUGAUGCUGGAUAUGGAAAAAGCGAUUCGGCAGAAAGAAUAUAAGUUAGGCUAUCUCUUUGAAGAGCAAGCAGUUUGUACAAAUUAUAAUAAUAUAUUAGUUAGACUUUCUGGUGGCUAUGGUCUUGUCAAACAAAAUAAGCAAUUUUCGACUAGGGAUAUUAUUUUUCGUAACGGUGAUAGAAAUGACCAUAUUUUCGUCUCCUUUGCUCGGAUGGUCUUCACUUGUGUUUGUCCUUAAAGGAGAAGGAGUCUAUUCACAUCUGUGUUCUGGUGAUGAUCUUAACACUAACAUCUCCAUCAUAACAACUGCGGGUCGGCCACGCUCCAAACAGCGUGACGGCCUGUGCGUUGAACAAGAAGAUCGUCUCAACCUUGCUCUCAGUCUCACUAUAAUAGUAGGUGCGGUAUACAUUUUAAUCUGUGGCUGGGCUAUUGAUAGGUUUGGAGUGAAGCCCAUGAAGAUAUUUUCCAGUGUCGUGUAUGGAAUUUCCGCAGGACUGUUAACUAUUACUUCUUCCGAGAGGCCUGCUAUGCUCAUUCCAGCCCUUCUCGUGUUCGUUAUUGGUCAAGUUGGGUUAUAUCUUUCAGCACUAAGGUCUAUAGUUCUAUACGGCAAGUGGCAGUCCUUCGUGAACAGUGUCUUCUGUUGUUCUUUUGGCUCCUCGGCUGUUCUUUUCCUGAUAUUCAAGGUUUUAUACGAAGAAGGCGUCUCAUAUCAAAUACUCUGCUACGGCUUGAUAUGCGCAAUAUUAAUCCUCCUUUUCAACUCCAUCGUAAUUUUCCCCAACCUCAAAAACGACGAGCAUAAUUCUGAUACCACAAAACCAACAGAAAAACAAGACAAGACAAAGGAGAAAUCUGAGAGUUCAAAUCGUCUUGUGCGGUCCGAUCGCCUGACAGCUUUGAAGGACCUCCUGGCUCACAUGAAGACUGGGGUGUUCAUUGGAACUUGUCUUUUUGUUGGGAUGUGUCGUCUCCGUCUCUGGUUUUUCUUAGCUUCAUUCCAGCAGUUUAUUAUGGCCCUUCCAAAAAUGGAUGAAAAAUCUGUGAAAUCAUAUGCAAACUAUUAUGGCUGGAUUCAGUUGAGCAGCGUUGCUAUUGGCCCAUUUGUCAGUGCCUUCAUCGCUGCUGGAGCUGAGUUGUGCAAGAGGUCUGGUACCUACAAGCACCAGGCCAUAACGGUAUUGACGUCAAAGGAAAAGCUUGCACUAGACUGUAAAUGUGAAGUGUUGGCGAUAGACGAUGUUUCUGCUACUGCUCGCGGGGGCGAAGUUCGAGGCUGCGCCUUCUAUUUCGCCUGCAGUGGAUUGGUGUUCAUUUUGAUCAACCUUCUAUUGGUUAUACCUCAUGCUCCAUUACAGAUAUUCUCAUUCAUUUUGAUAUUAUUAUUGAGAUGUUUCUACUCUGGUGCAUUCUCAAACCUCUUUCUCCUUAUAUUUCCAGUCAAGCAUUUUGGAAAGCUCUUUGGAAUAGGGAACUUUUCGUGUUCCCUGGUGCAAAUACUUCAGUACCCAGUUUUCAUCAUCCUGGAAAACUAUUUUCCUGGUAAAAUCCUUCAGUUAAACAUCGCUUUACUUAUUCUCUCCAUUCCAAUAGCUGUUGGAUUACCGUACUAUUUAUGGCAUUUAGGAAACACCAUAGGAAGCACGGCCAGAUCACGUAAAGUAUCUACACACGCUUGACAUACCAAGAUUUUCAUCGAGAAAGUUGUGUAUGAACGCCUAACAGUGGUUUGAUGUUAAUGGAUAAGGAAUACGCCAAAAGUUAAACUAGGAGUAUUACUCUAAUGGCCAUUCAUCAUCGAUAAAUCGUCCACUCAAGGCCUAGAUUCCUGUGCUCGAGAAAUUUUCUGCGGAAUCUGUCCCGCAACUAUUUUUGUGACGUCAUACAUCGAGAAUUAGGCCAAUAGCCCAGCGCACUGAUUCUAAGAAUAGCUUAAAGAUUCGGACAAACAUUGCAUUCUGUUUAAACGCUACGAGGAUUAUACGAACCGAUUUUAUUAAUUUUACUUACAAUAAUAGCCCAUGUAAACUAAGAUCCACUGCGAUCGGCUGUAAAAGUUAUCUGCUGAAAGUAAACUUGUAAGUUUGUUUGUCCGAGUUUCGCCUGUCUUCGUUUUUAUAACGUCACGGUUACGCUGCGCUAUUGUGAAGAUCCCAAACGAGAAUUUCUGGGGGAAAAAAUCGUUAUAAAGAAAUGAAAAGACUUGACAGGAAUUUCAGUUAGGAAUUGACCAUUUCUUUUGAAUGCAAUGAAACAAAAUUCUUGAUUAGGGAUUCUAUAGUUUCGUGAAUCAUUUAUAUUAUAGUGUGAAAGGAGAUAUUCAGCAAAUCAAACUACUUCUAUAACAAAAUAUCUUUUUAAUCAUAGAAUUUAUCAACUAAAUGUCAUAGUUCUGAACAAUUGUUAGUAAUUAAAUCUAUCGUAUUUGAAAAUAACUAAUAUUUUGAAUGAACUCAAAUGAGUAUACUAAAUCCUUUCUUCAAUGAUCAACAUAUGGAUACAUCUCAUAAUGGUUUCAUUUAACCGAUGUAGUAAUCUGAUUUUGUCAACACUGAUUCCAUUGACAUCAUCUAUCCUUGCCAACCAUAUAAUAAUGACUAAUAAUGGGUUAAAAUGAAAUUCCCUUUGGAACUGUUUCUCAAAUGUAUGUUUAGGAAUAACAAGAAUAAAAAAAUCCUCCAUAUUCCUGAUUUACUAAGAAAACGAAAAAAUGUCAUGGAAUAUAGAAACUUUCUUGUAAUCAUGAAACGUUGUUCUGGAAGAAUGAAACAAGAUGAACCCUUCUCAUCUUAGUUUGCUAGUAUGAACUGAACAUAACGACAGGUUAAAUGUAACGUAAUGUAACAAAUGAUGGUUAGUGUUAAUAAACAGCCAUUGGUGCAAUACUGCACUUCUCUCUGCAA